CUCAGUUUCCAAAUCCUUACAUUUUCUUCUUUGGCAUCUCUGAUCUCGAAAUCGACUGCAAUCUAUCCUUGUUCUCGCGGCAAUGGCAAUGGCAAUGGCGAGGAUCAUCGCAUUUCUCCUCUUUCUUUUCAUCCUAUCUUCCUCAUCUCUCUCCUUCUCUCCCGCCGACGACUACCUCCUCAACUGUGGCUCCCACGUUUACUCCACCAUCGAUAACCGCCGCUUCGUCUCCGACGCUUCGAAAUCGAACUUCUUCUUCACAUCGGAAGGAUCAGUCGCUCUCCAAGGAGAGCAUCUUUCCCCCAACGUCCCUCAGAUCUACCGGACCGCUAGGGUAUUCGCGCAGCAGGCCAAAUACGAGUUCAACGUCCACGAGAAAGGGACCUAUAUGCUACGCCUCCAUUUCUAUCCUAUCAAUUCCUCCAAAAUCGAUCUCAACCAAGGAGCUCAGUUUCACGUCACCGUCAACGGUCAUGUCGUGCUUACGAAUUUCAGCGGCGAUGACUUGUCAUCUAGGGUUGUUAGGGAGUUCCUGAUCUGGGUCGAUGUCGGGAAAGUCGUUAUCAGGUUUGUUCCUAGCAAAGAUUCGAAAUUCGCCUUCGUUAAUGCUAUAGAAGUUAUAUCCGCGCCUAAGGAUUUGAUCGCUGACGUUGCCACAUCUGUAUCACGUGAUGGAACCGGGAAGUUGAAUGGUUUAGCUAAACAAGCUAUGGAAGUGAUGUACAGAAUCAACGUUGGUGGUAGAAAAGUUACUCCUUUUAAUGACACCUUGUGGAGGACUUGGAUCCCUGAUGAUGACUUCUUCAAGGCAGCUGAUGCUUCUUCUUCUGACAAAGCUUACUUCACUGGUAGGAUUAAGUAUAGACCCGGAGGUGCGAGCCGUGAGGUUGGUCCUGAUAACGUCUACAACACUGCUCGUGUUGCUAGAAGAAGCAACGGUCUGAGCUGGGAUUUCCCGGUGAGCACGGGUUACAAAUAUAUGAUCCGUAUGCAUUUCUGUGACAUUGCUAGCAGAUCACUCGGUUUGCUUUAUUUCAACGUUUACAUCAACGGGAACUUAGCUUAUGAGGAUUUCGAUAUCUCUUACUCUGCGGGUUACGUCCUCGCUUCCCCUUACUACAUCGAUUUCGUGGUGGAUCCACCUUCAGGAUCAUCGAUUAUUACAGUAAGUGUUGGACCAUCAAACAAGACUAGUGUUGAUGAGCAUGGAGUUGAUGCGAUGCUGAACGGUCUUGAGAUCAUGAAGAUGAAUAACUCGAUGGGGAGUCUUGAUGGGUUUGUUUCAACAGAUAUGCUUCUGAGGUCUUGCCCAAAUAGAAGAAACCUGAGCAUAUUCAUCGCCUUGAUGGCGUUUAUGUGUAUAUUUAUGAGCUUUUACAUUGUCGCUCAAAGGAAGAAAGUUAGUGAUGGCUUCGGCUGGACCAAGCUGUCCAUGGACGUCCAUGAAGUUAUUCCCAAGUCCGGUAAUCAAUUUGCAGCAAUAAAGCCUUGAUGAUAUUUGCUUGUUGGGUGAUGGAUGAUAUUACAAAACUUUUUCUUUGAGUAUUUAUCUACUUUGAUAUGAUGAUUUGUUCUUCUUUUUUUUUUAUCAGUUUUGUUAUGUUUUACAAGGGUGUUAAUGUAUUGUAUAAUUAUUGUUUAUAUGUAUAUGUAACUGGUAUGUUUCUUCGACAGAGAAAGACUAGAGAUAUGUUUUGAAAUUCACGAAACAGAGCUGUUCUCUUUAUGUUCAACUGUUUAUACUUUUAUUGAUGUCUUUCAGCUUACUAGCCAAAUAGCCGUAACUGAAUUGAUGUAUCUUAGUUAUCAUUGUAUUAAAUAUUCCUGUCUCCUUUGAGAUCA